CACAACCACUCUCUCUUUUCGUAUCACUCACUGGCCAGCAACUUCGCAUUGGCAUUCACGCCUUACCAUACUUACACUGUACGACAUCAUUAACUCAGAGUUAUCCCCAUUCUCGUCAUCUGCCUCGGUAUAUCCACUUACCCAAGUGUAAUUAGCAACAAUCUGACAGGGACCGUAGCUGAAAUUCCUUCGCAAUAGAGAGGUACGUACGGUAGUUUGUUCGGGAGCAGGAGCGGUGACACCAAACCAUUUCGUGUCACCACUCGCAUCGCUUCGUAUUCCCAGUCAGUCUUUGUAUUGGACUUCACUUCUUUGCAUCGUGCUUUGAAGACAAUGGAUUGACAUCGCACAGUCACGAAACGAUCGAUGAACGGAAAUGGUAUUGUCUCUUUGGUGCUCCGAACAAAACAAGGAGACGUGACGAACGAAUGCGUUGACACGGUACGACAGGACAACACACCAUACCACGGUAUAACGAUGCGCCUUUCUGCGGGAGAUACGAUGUGGUUGCGACAAACGAAGACCGUAUCUGUUUGCUUCGGUGGUGUCGUUUCACGACUGCCGCUGCGCUCGCUCGCUAGCCACGGGAGAAGCAAAACGCCGCUUCGUUUAGUCGUGCUUGCUCGACUCCCUCCCCGGGAUCGCAUCUUAUUCUUUGGAGAAUAGUUGCCACGCUAAGAGGCAUCCAACCGAAUCGCAAUAUCUUUUUCCUCAGGCGGGGCAGCAAGAACGACUAGCGACUUGAUGCAAUGCGCCAAGAUGUGUGUCGUGUAUCAUCAACGCGCAGUACCCGCGUUCGCUGUGUUGCAGUGCGAAGUCGAUUACGCCGCGAAAACGAAAAGAGCAUCCCAUCGAUUGAACAUCCAUUAAAACAACUCACUCACAAAUGCUAUUUUUAAUGUUGAUUGCUUCUUUAUAACACCUGCUGUAUUUUACAACAUUUUCCAUCGAUUCUUCCGAUCACCACAAAUUCUUUCAAACCCUCAUCGCGGCAUUUUCCCGUCUCCACAACAUCGAAUCCGGAACAAACAUGCACUAUAACCAUCCCCGAUCUUUUAUGUCCCUACAGUACUCCAUUCCACGCAUACCCGAGAAGCUAAAACUGGAGCGACAUCCGCAUCCCUUCAGCAACAACAAGCAGCGAUCGAUUCAGCAGUUCAUUCGCAACCAGCGCUAUCCACCACCGAGAAUCAAGGCAGCCACGGAGCAUCACAAUCAGCAACGAAUUGCCAUGGAGAUCGAGGACCGUACCAGCAGUACCGCCCUGCUCGAGCGCCAACACAAGAACCAUAUUGCGGAGAUUAUGAUCCGGAACGCCAAGUCCUUUGCGGCGUCCGCCAAGACUUCCAGCGAUCCCCUCGGGAGCUCGGCCAGAUCAUCCGGGGGCAACAGUACCACCAGCACCAAGUCCAAUGGAAAUAGCAAUAGUAGCAGCAGCAACAACAGCAAUAACAAUAGCAGCAAAAGCGACGAGAAGAACAACGGGGACAAAGCCAACAACAGCGGAAGCAACGACAACAACCGUGGGGAGCGCAAGAUGAACACGGGCCGGUGGUCGGCCGACGAACACAAGCGCUUCCUCAACGGUCUCGAUCAAUUUGGGUGAGUAAUGGAAUGGCUCCAUUCGCAUAGAAUACGUAUUUUCGUGGGGGUUUCGUUGGUGUAUGUUUUUGUUCCAAACGACUGGCUCGCUAACAACGAUCAAUUCUGUUGCACCGCACAUUUAUCUCUUACAUAACAUUGUGACCAAAAGAACUGGCAACUGGAAAAAGAUCACUGACAUGGUCGGCACCCGAUCCUGCACCCAGAUUCGAACCCACGCCCAAAAAUACUUCAUCGCCCUGCAAAAACCUGCCAACGACGGGACCAACGAGAACGGCGGCUACUCGCGCAAGAAGUCGAAGAUGCUCAUCGGGGCCGACCACCACCUCAAUUCGAACAUCAAAACGGGUUCCUCGGCCAUUAUCACCGGCUACGGUGGUGGUGGAACCCCUAUCCACCCCAGCGGGAUCGUCCCCGUCACGGGCACGAUGGGAGUCAGCAUGGGCAGGUCCAAGAACGGCACUGGCUCAAACCCUAUGAUGAAGCAAUUCUGGGGCGUGGAGCGAAACUCGGGGCUCACGGGCAUGGAGGUUCUGGCACAAGCCGCCAUUACGGGAGAGAAAAGGCUCCAAACGCUUGCGGCACAGAAGGACGACCAUCUUGCUUCGCUCCACGGGGUUAGCCACUCCCACUUCAACCAGUACGAAAGCUCCCUCGACAAGGCCGUUGCCGAGCUGCGCAAGAAAAUGGCCUCGGAGAACGAUGGGAAGGCCAAGACCUCGGCGUCUUCCGCCGUGCAGCCCUCGAUAACCUCCUCGUCGGACGAUGCCGCGAAACAGGGAGGAUCGGGCGAGUCGUCCAAGCGCAAGCUGGACGACGCCCGCGCCGCCGCGGUGGUGUCGAUGCACGCCGCCGAGGAGCACCAGAAAAAACUCAAGCAGAAGGAGCAACACCCCACAGACCACAUCAACUACGCGGCCGCCGUCCAGGACACGAUCGACCGAAAGGAAGUCCUGGACAAGCUCCAGGCGGCCGCAGAACGGCAGGAAUUCAUGCGCCUGAAACAGGAAAACAAGAACCUCAACCAGACGGUCCUCCAGCUCCAGCAGCAGAGCAUCGAGAGUGAGAACCGCGUCAUGGAGGCGAUUACCGACCGCCGGGUGACCCUCAACGAAUGCAAGAACCUACGUGAGAUCAACGUCCAGCUCAAACAGGAGCUACGCCGAAUGGUCCUGCUCUUCGAACACUCGGGGGCGCAGACGUCGAAUUCGUCGGCCCUGAUGGCGGCCGCUACCCAGGGUGCCAACGUCGAGCUGAUGCAAGCAAGGCUGACCGAGUCCGAGCUGCGCUACCACACGGUGACGGAGUCCCUUAGCCGACAGACGGGGGUCCUGACCGACCAGCACCGUGCCAUACUAGAGCUUAACUCGCAGCUCGAAAAGGAACGGGCGAAGUGCCAGGCUCUGGAGUUCGAGCUCAAGCAGCUCAAGAAGAACUAGGACGAGUGAGUGCUUGGAUUGAUUCUUUUGUUGGUUUCAGGAGGGGGAGGGGCGUGAGGUUGUACAUACUGUAUUUGCGGAACCGAAACCUACUGGGAAAUGGAAAGGAAUCCAUCCAUUUCGUUGCAUCACAAUCCAAUCCAUUGAUCAUUUCGUUUGUAUAUAUAUGCUAUCAUUCAUGUUGUAGUCCUAAGCACUAAAAUUCAUUUUGUAUUUUACACACGAUUACAUUGUAGAAAGCUAUAAACUUUACUUUACUUCGCGGAAUGAAGGCAUAAUAUUGACAUUGCAUUAGAGCAGUGUAUCAUGGUACAAAACAUCGAAUACGACCGUUGCAAACCAAAGAUUAGAUCGAUUCUCACAGAAACCAUCCUAGAAAGGUAUCUAGAAUACCGCAUCGCGCAUAAUACUUUAUUCUCAUACUUCGGAAGAGCGCAGCAUGACGGAGGGGAAAAGGAAGGACAUCCCUCGACUCAAGAGAAGGGACCACCUCGCCAUAUGAUGUCGUGGAGUGCCAAACGAUGGUUUCGAAAAUCUCACGAUGACAGAACAGAACAAACAAAGAUUCCCAGCAUUCAUUGGGAUUGACUAUAUCCGGAAUUGUUGGAUUCGUGGAGCAGAAAAGUUCUUUUUUGGCUUCUUCCUGCCGGGGAACGAGUCUUUCCGUUCCCUUACCAAUCCCGGGAAAGAGAAAGAACACAAUCAAGCAUUUCCUCGCUU